CGUCAUCUCUGCAGUUUUGUAAAAUUUGAGGUUUUGUAACCGUAUUUACUUGUCCCAGUUUCUUAAAACCCAAGAUAUUAAAUAAUGGCUGAUGGAAAGGCAAUGUCGGAUAAAAUUUUACGUACAUUAGAGAAAAUUAUAAAUAGAGACCCUGAUUUGCAGGAAUUUUCUAUCAUACCUACUGAAGACAACACAAAAAAUAAAUCACCAGUUCUAUAUGAACAACACAAUGUAGGUUUAGAAUCUUGGUGUGUCAAACAUGUUUACAAUUAUGCCUGUUCCAUUUUGUUUGACCACAAAGAGAUGUUAUCGAAGAGAAAAAUGUCUACAAGUAAAAUGGAGUCUUUAAAUACCCUUCUAAUAGGAGCCAUACUUAUAAAUCCAGAUGUCGGCACAUUUUGGAACAUGAGACGCAUUUUAGUGGAGCUAGAUGUGCUAAGUGUGGAUAGGGAAUUACAUUUCAGCAAAAUAGUGUUAACGCACAAGAGCAAGUCAAACGAAGCUUUUUCAUAUCGAAGAUGGCUCCUUAAAAGAAUCCUUACUAAAAUAUCGGAAAAUGACCUACACGCUCCUUUAAGUCUCUUACAGAACGAGCUGAUGGUUGUCCACAUGGCUUCCGAGAAGUCGCCGAAUAAUUACCAUAGCUGGAGUCAUCGGAUUUGGUGCAUGGAGAAUAUAGCGGCGUGCAGUCCAAGCAUCGGCGACAUAGUUUACUCAGAACUCAACUACAGCCAGGAAUGGAUCAACACACACGUCUCCGAACAUUCCGGAUACCAUUACCGCCAGUACCUGCUCAAACUCGUACGAUCCCACAGGAAGAUCGUACUCGUCUUUGAGUCGUUCUACAACUUUGUCAUAAAGCAGCUCGACUUGAUCAACGACGGAGAAUUUAGCAACCUCCUAGUCUACCUCCUGGGGAAGCAGCACAAAACGGGUUUGCUGGAAGAGACGAACUCGUACAUAAAUUACGUCUCGCUGCUGCUGUACGAUUUAUUCAUUCUAGUCAACAAGUUGAACAAGCUCUUCCCCGAACACGAGUCGCUGUUUUAUCACCGGCGGUUCCUCGUCUACCACCUGUUGAAACUCGCGUAUGAUUAUCACGAUGUGGACUUCCAAGCGAGGAAUAGAGUAAACCAGAGCAGUAUUAAUCCUUCGGACGAUAAAAACAUUGUCCGGUCCGACGUAGUGGUGAGCAUGAAAAGUACAGGUGGCGAAGACUGUGUCGCGUGGCCGAGGUCAUUUAAAAUGCCGUUGAACAAGGUGGAGUCGUGUCAGUUGUACCGGAUCGUGGUAAAUGCCGAGAAACAUUUCGUCUCAGAGAAUAUGAUAGGCAUUUGUAGCGCCGUGCAAAUUGAGUUAGCGAAGAGGUAUCAGAAGUGGCUAAAGUACGUUAUUGGGUUCGAGUAAGGGUUCGGUUUUUAUUGGAUGUACCUCCAGUUAGUUCAAUGGUAGCGUUGGUUUGAUGUUUAUUUUUAGUUUGGAGGUGUAUUUUUUAUUUUGGAGAAGUGUAUAUAGAAGUGUGGGAUAGAAUACGCAAUAAGGACAUUUUGUACUACGGAAGCAAUUAGGGAUAUUUACUUUUUAAUGUUGUCUUCUUGAAGAUGUGAAGAGUUUUUGUUGAAACGUUCUUUUCAUAUUUUUAAAAUGUUAUCUGUCAAUGAAUUUAUGUUUAAAAACUUA